AUGGCUACAAAUUCUUCAAAAGCAUGUCCAGCUCCAAUGAAAGCAACAUCUAAUGGAGUUUUCCAAGGAGAUAACCCCAUAGAUUUCGCGUUACCUCUUGCGAUUCUGCAGAUUAUCAUUGUUGUGGUUCUUACUCGUGUUCUUGCUUACCUUUUAAGACCUCUGAGACAACCUCGUGUUAUUGCAGAAGUCAUUGGUGGGAUUAUGCUUGGACCGUCGCUUCUUGGCCGUUCCAAGGUUUUUCUAAACGCUGUGUUCCCAAAGAAAAGCCUUACAGUUCUAGAAACUUUGGCUAACCUCGGGCUUCUCUUCUUCCUUUUCCUCGCCGGUUUAGAGAUUGAUACCAAGGCCCUUCGUCACACCGGGAAAAAGGCUUUAGGAAUUGCCAUGGCCGGGAUCUCUCUCCCGUUUGCUCUUGGCAUUGGUACUUCGUUUGUUCUCAGAGCAACAAUCUCCAAAGGAGGAGACAGUACUGCGUUUCUCAUCUUCAUGGGUGUGGCACUCUCAAUCACUGCAUUCCCUGUGCUAGCCCGUAUUCUGGCUGAGCUCAAGCUUUUAACUACUGAAAUAGGACGACUUGCUAUGUCAGCAGCUGCGGUUAACGACGUGGCAGCCUGGAUUCUCCUUGCUCUAGCCAUUGCUCUCUCGGGAACCGGUACCUCCCCGCUUGUCUCUCUCUGGGUUUUCCUUUCUGGGUGCGCUUUUGUUAUUGGUGCUGCUUUCAUCAUUCCACCAAUCUUUAAGUGGAUUGCGCGGAGGUGCCACGAGGGAGAACCCAUUGAAGAAACCUACAUUUGCAUCACUUUGUCUGUAGUUCUUGUUUGUGGAUUCAUAACCGAUGCUAUUGGAAUCCAUUCCAUGUUUGGUGCUUUUGUGGUGGGUGUUUUGAUCCCCAAGGAAGGACCUUUUGCUGGUGCCCUCAUUGAGAAGGUUGAGGAUCUUGUUUCUGGUCUCUUCUUGCCUCUUUACUUUGUGGCGAGUGGUCUGAAAACUAAUGUGGCAACGAUUCAAGGAGCUCAGUCUUGGGGUCUUCUGGUUUUAGUCAUUACCACCGCUUGUUUUGGCAAGAUUGUUGGCACUCUUGGUGUUUCCCUCGCCUUCAAGAUACCUAUGCGAGAAGCUCUAGCAUUAGGGUUCCUCAUGAACACUAAAGGAUUAGUCGAACUCAUCGUCCUCAACAUCGGGAAAGAUCGAAAGGUUCUCAAUGAUCAGACAUUUGCCAUAAUGGUUCUAAUGGCUCUCUUCACAACUUUCAUCACCACACCAAUCGUGAUGGCAGUUUACAAACCGGCGAGACGAGCAAAGAAAGAAGGAGAAUACAAACACAGGACGGUUGAACGAGACAACUCAAACACACAGCUUCGUAUCCUCACAUGUUUCCAUGGGGCCGGAAGCAUUCCUUCGAUGAUAAACCUCCUCGAAGCCUCUAGAGGCAUCGAGAAAGGCGAAGGACUCUGCGUGUACGCACUGCACUUACGAGAACUAUCAGAGAGAUCUUCAGCUAUUCUAAUGGUUCAUAAAGUUCGCAAAAACGGAAUGCCGUUUUGGAACCGAAGAGGGAUCAAUGCAGGAUCAGACGCCGAUCAAAUCGUCGUCGCUUUCCAAGCUUUUCAGCAACUAAGCAGAGUAAAUGUCCGACCAAUGACAGCAAUCUCAUCAAUGUCUGAUAUACACGAAGAUAUCUGCACAACUGCAGCUAGAAAGAAAGCAGCCAUUGUGAUCUUACCGUUCCACAAACAUCAACAGCUCGAUGGUUCGUUGGAGACGACACGCGGUGAUUACCGAUGGGUUAACCGGAAGGUUUUGGUCGAAGCUCCUUGUUCAGUCGGAAUAUUCGUUGACCGUGGACUCGGUGGUUCGAGCCAAGUCUCUGCUCAAGACGUUUCUUACUCAGUCGUGGUUCUCUUCUUCGGUGAUCGUGAUGAUCGUGAAGCUUUGGCUUAUGGGUUACGCAUGGCGGAGCAUCCCGGAAUUUCAUUGACGGUUUUCCGAUUUGUGGUUUCGCCGGAGAGAAUCGGAGAGAUUGCUCGUGUCGAGGUUGAUAACAACAAUCAGAAUGUCAAAUUGGACGAGGAGAUUAUGUCUGAAAUCAGGAAGAAAUCGUCGGUGGAUGAAUCGAUUAAGCUCGUGGAGAAAAGAGUGGAAAACGCCGCCGUGGAUGUUAGAUCGGCGAUUGAGGAAAUGCGGCGGAGCAAUCUGUUCUUGGUGGGUAGAAUGCCAGGUAGAGAAAUCGCAUUGGCGAUUAGGGAAAACAGUGAAUGUCCAGAGCUUGGACCUGUCGGAAGUUUGUUGAUUUCGCCGGAAUCUUCGACGAAAGCUUCAGUUUUAGUGAUUCAGCAGUACAACGGCACCGGCACGGCGUCGGAUUUGGCUACGGAGUUAUUGAAUUCUUCGCCGGAUAAAGACUCCGAGUGA